CUAAGGUAUUUUCCAACUUUAACCUCCACAAAUCCCUGCCAACCUAAACCGCCAAUCCGCAAACCCGCCAUCCUUCUUUUAGCCCUAGUUACCUACCUCCUAACGUUAUUAUUCUUACCACUUCCACUUACCAACUUCCUACCUCUACCUAGGUAGUUUUCGCUUACCUCCGCCUACUUCUUUCCCAUCCACAUUACUCCAUAUUUUCCUCCCCCCAAAGCUGUCGCAUACUUGACUACCUACCUCUAUUCCCAUCCUUUCGUACUUUUCAAAAACUUCCCCAUUCUACAUACAUUCAUUCAACUUACCUAAAUACACUUACCAACACUUCCUCUUCUUGCAGUCCCAAAAUGGCGACCGUGGAGUUGAGCCCCAAAGCUAUGCAUAUUCCGAACCACGAAAUUAAGCGCCCUAGAGGCAUUUUAAAGAACUCAUUUCAAAAAUCGCCACCCCCAACAUCUCCGAUCAAGGAAAAGGACUUGUCUGAAAAGGAGCUCACCAUCAUAAAUACCCAAACAAAUGCCGGACAUCGUCGCUCUUCGAGUGCUGCCAGCCGUCCCCCGGGCUCGCGCCGCCAAUCGUCACGCACCCCUUCCCACGGCCCAGACCAAGAAGUGUUAGAUAACAAUCAGCGCUUGAAAUGGGACGAAGCAAACCUCUACUUGACCGAGCAGGAACGUACGUCUACCAUGAAAAUUACCGAGCCCAAGACGCCGUAUGCUAGACACUACGAGCCGUCGGAAGAUGACGACGACGAUGAGAUGUUUGAUGGCGAGCAUUCCCGAAAGGAAGAAAUUCCCGGGCUGUCGCUAGGAGAACCGGAAGAGGAAAUCCCCGAAAGCGAAUUUGGAGCCGCGCGCAAGCAGAGCAAGGUUCAUGUCAACGACGAGGAUGCCACACCGGAACAUGAUGCCGAAAAUGAACUCGCGGGCCUGACCCCGGAAGAGAAAGAGAAGCACCGCAAGUUCGAGUUGUUGCGGAAGAAGCACUACGAGAUGAAGGACGUCGCCAAGUACCUCGGCCACCCGGAGUCGCUCGACGAGCUUGAGGACGAUGAAGAGGUCCCCCCGAUGCCUACCAUUAAUGGCGCUGCUGUCGGAGCUGGCGACUAGGAAUACGGGACAAACCACUCUUCUCUUAAGAGAAACGCUGCCAACUUUGAUGACGAGAGAAGAGCAAGUAAAUUACAACGACGGGGUUAUGGGUGCGAUGACAGGACAUGCAUUGAUGGACGGAGUUAAAUGGCCAGGUGGACUGGAGUGCCUCUUGAUUUGUUCUUCUUCCCAGAGGCACAAUAGAUGAAUUUCGGUGUUGGAGGGGCGAGCGAC